AUGUCGCCCCCGCCAACCAGGCAGCUGGCGCAGCUGUCUCUUACAGCUGAGAAUAUGCCUACUCUUCGAUCCCAGACGCAUCGUCGUCGUCGUCCAUCACCAAGCCACGACGAGGAGCAGCAGCAUCCAGACGAUACCGACAUUCCAACAUCAUCGUUAUCAUCAAUGGUGCGCGCACAUUCUCAGAUUGUCUACGACAUUGAGAAUCUCGAGCUUGAAUCACGAGCCCGAGCCAUGGCCGGCUUGAACGGCCGUUUUGAUAUGGUCUACUGCCGGGCAGACCCUGCCUUUUUCGAGUUUCAACUGACCGAACGCCCACGCAUUCGAGUGAGAGAGAGAGGUGCAGAAUGCACCUGCUCCGAGUACGAGAACCGUCCAGACAUGGCCUGUCGCCAUAUUUUUUGGCUCGUCGACCAGGUGUACGAAACCGUCUCAACUCAUACUCCCCUACCUCUAUCCAAGGACGGCGUCUCCCCCAGACUACCUCCGCUGCAUUCCCUCCUGAACGACCGGCUCGAGACGGUGGCCGGAGAGAUGCAAUGGCACUUUAUUCCAGAAAGCACCGCAUCUUCGGGCUCUAGCCCGGAGGCUACUACUACUACCGCGAUGUCGCGCCAGGACAAGGUCCGCGACAUCAUGUCUGCCUUUAACGAAGUCACGCUGCCCGCCGAUUUCCGCAAGGACCUCGCCGAAAGAACGACAGAACCACGCACACCAGAGCAGUGCGUUGUGCAGGGAGACUUUGAAGCCACCGUCUUUCGCCUGGCCGUUCACGACGACAACGUCUACGCCAGCAUCCGCAAAGCCAUGCCCGAGGGCGCCUGCGCUGCCAUCUUCUUCGACAAGGUCCAAAAGCAGUCUCGCAAUCUGCUCAUAGGCUUUGACGAAUACCGUCGAACGGGCCGUCCACCCCCCGGCCGAAAAUCACUCGAAGUGAAAGAAGUCGCCGCAGAGCUGCGGCACCAUGUCGAACAGAUCCGAGUCAAUUUGGCGUCGCGUGUACCGUAUGGAACAAAGGGGGCUGCCGAAGCCCUGCUCGCUCUGCUGCAGGAUAUCAGCGCUCGCAAUAUCGACGCCUUUGAGCAGAGCCCCUGGGGCCGCCAGCCGCCUCCGGGUGAAGACGAAGACGACCGCAACUUGUACGAGCAGCUGAUCGGGCAGGCCAACGGUGGUAGCAGCAACGCCGAAACAGGGGACAGUUUUUUCGUGCUGGAUGUGCUCGAGACUCUCCCGGCAUCGGUGCUGGCGUCAUACAUCUCCAAUCUCGAUGAUAUCCUCGGCAAAGUCGAAAUCAACCGCCCCCCGGUGUCGUUUGUGCGCAAACUCAAGGCGCUGAUUCAUGAGGCGCAGGCGAGUCUGGCGGCGUCCAGGACCAAACGGCCGGCAACGGCGGAUGCAGGCGGCAGCCCGAAGCGUACUCGGUAG